AUGUCUCGUACGUUGCCACCUGAUGUUUCUUACUUGAAUCGACUACAACAGCAGCCUCGAGUGCGUGUUGAUUAUAGUUUCAUGACUCGUUUUAAGUUUGAGGAUUCAAAUCUUGGUCAUAUUGUUGAUGAAAUUGAAGAAGAAGCAGAGGAGUUCGAGAAUGACAUAUCCGAGUCGAUUCUUGAUCAUAGUUUUGAUGAAGAAAUUAUGGAAGAAGAAGAAAUAGAGGAAUUCGCGAAUGACGUAUCUGAGUCGAUUCUUGAUGAAGAAAUUAUAGAAGAGGAGGAGGAGGUGUUUGCGAAUGAUGUAUCUGAGUCGAUUCUUGAUGAAGAAAUUGAGGAGUUUGAAGUUGAUAUAUCUGAAAAUAUGGAAACAACAAUGGAGUAUGAUAGACAUCUUCUUAAUGAAGGCUAUCAACAGCAAGGAUUGAACCAAACAAGUGGAAGACUGGCUAGGACGGCUCGAAUGAGAGUGAAUACUAACUACGUUCAUUACAGAAUUCAAGUGCCACAAUUGAUUCUUGAUGACAUUGAAGAAGAAGAGAUGGAGGAAGAAGACGAUACUAAUGAGUUUGUGGAUCAAGACAUGUCUGAGUAUUUCGAAACAAGUACAUAUUAUGCUACUCCUGCUAUGAAUAUAGAUGGUGAUGAUGAAGAGGAGGAACAAGAAGCAUGUGCUAUCUGCUUACUUGAAUAUAAAGAUGAAGAUACCAUUGCCAUACUUCAAUGUGGUCAUGAAUUUCAUGAUGAAUGCAUCAACAAGUGGUUGCAAAGGAAAAAAACAUGUCCUUUUUGUAGAGCUUCAGUUUUUGCCCACAACACAUGA